ACGGAACUGUGCUGUUUUGUCGAUAGUGGUUGUGUCCGUUUCAAAUGACUCAUUACCGACUCAGAUUAAGUCUGAGGCCGGUAGCAUCAACAGUGAGGACAAACCCAGCCUGCCACUCUCCUUCCACACUGAGUAGAAACCUACAGUCACUGGGUCCUGAUUGUGACAGUGGAGCCCAGUUUGCACUGCAGGGUCCAGAGAUGGCAUCAGUGAAGCUGGAAGACUGCAGUCAAACACUGGAGCUGAAUGUCAACAUUAAAGAUGAAGAAGAAGAGGAGAAGAUUAGGACAACUGCUUGUCAUGACCGACUCAGAUUCAGUCUGAGGCCGGUAACAUCAACAGUGAGGACAAUCCCAGCCUGCCACUCUCCUUCCACACUGAGUAGAAACCUACAGUCACUGGGUCCUGAUUGUGACAGUGGAGCCCAGUUUGCACUGCAGGAUCCAGAGAUGGCAUCAGUGAAGCUGGAAGACUGCAGUCAAACACUGGAGCUGAAUGUCAACAUUAAAGAUGAAGAAGAGGAGGAGAAGAUUGGGACAACUGUUAGUCAUGGAGACCAUGUUGAGACAUUCUCUACAUCCAGAGAGCAACAGCAGGAAGAUCAUAGAGCUAAGAUUUCUCAUUUCUGCCCACAUUGUGAAGAGAUUUUCCCAUUUCUAUCAAAGCUAAAAAUACACAUACAAAUACACACAGGAGAGAAGCCUUACUCCUGCUCUGGCUGUGGAAAACGUUUUAAAACAUCAACUCAGCUAAAAGUUCACCAGAAGACUCACAUAGGAGAGAAGCCUUUCUUCUGCCCUGACUGUGGAACUAGUUUCUCUCAACUUUCCCACUUAAAGACACAUGAACGUAUACAUACAGGGGAGAAGCCAUACUCCUGCUCUGACUGUGAAAAAUGUUUUAAAACAUCAAAUGAGCUAAAGGUUCAUCAAAGAACACACACAGGUGAGAAGCCAUACUCCUGCUCUGACUGUGGAACUCGUUUCUCUCAACUUGCCCACUUAAAAUCACAUGAACGUAUACAUACAGGGGAGAAGCCUUAUUCCUGCCCUGACUGUGUAAAAUAUUUCAAAACAUCAACUGAGCUAAAAAUUCAUCAGAGAAAUCACACAGGAGAGAAGCCAUACUCCUGCUCUGGAUGUGGAAAACGUUUUAAAACAUCAACUCAGCUAAAAGUUCAUCAAAAGACUCACAUAGGAGAGAAGCCUUUCUUCUGCCCUGACUGUGGAACUAGUUUCUCACAACUUUCCCACUUAAAGACACAUGAACGUAUACAUACAGGGGAGAAGCCAUACUCCUGCUCUGACUGUGGAAAAUGUUUUAAAACAUCAAAUCAGCUAAAGGUUCAUCAAAGAACACACACAGGUGAGAAGCCAUACUCCUGCUCUGACUGUGGAAAAUGUUUUAAAACAUCAAAUGAGCUAAAAGUUCAUCAAAGAACACACACAGGUGAGAAGCCAUACUCCUGCUCUGACUGUGGAAAAUGCUUCACAACAUCAACUGAUCUUAAAGUUCAUCAAAGAACACACACAGGAGAGAGGCCUUUCUUCUGCCCUGACUGUGGAACUAGUUUCUCUCAACUUUCCCACUUAAAAUCACAUGAACGUAUACAUACAGGGGAGAAGCCUUAUUCCUGCUCUGACUGUGUAAAAUAUUUCAAAACAUCAACUGAGCUAAAAAUUCAUCGGAGAAAACACACAGGAGAGAAGCCAUACUCCUGCUCUGACUGUGGAAAAUGUUUUAAAACAUCAACUGAGCUUAAAGUUCACCAGAGAACACACACAGGAGAGAAGCCUUAUUCCUGCCCUGACUGUGGAACUACUUUCUCUAAACUUUACCACUUAAAACUACAUGAACGUAUACAUACAGGGGAGAAGCCAUACUCCUGCUCUGACUGUGGAAAAUAUUUUAAAACAUUAAAUGAGCUAAAAGUUCACCAGAGAACACACACAGGAGAGAAGCCUUAUGUCUGCUCUGACUGUGGGACUAGUUUCUCUCAACUGUCCCACUUAAAAUCACAUGAACGUAUACAUACAGGGGAGAAGCCAUACUCCUGCUCUGACUGUGGAAAGUGUUUUAAAACAAUAAAUGAGCUAAAGAUUCAUCAGAGAACACACACAGGAGAGAAGCCUUACUUCUGCUCUGACUGUGGGACUAGUUUCUCUCAACUGUCCCACUUAAAAUCACAUGAACGUAUACAUACAGGGGAGAAGCCAUACUCCUGCUCUGACUGUGGAAAAUGUUUAAAAACAUCAAAUGAGCUAAAAGUACAUCAGAGAACACACACAGGAGAAAAGCCUUACUCCUGUUCUGACUGUGGAAAAUGCUUCACAAAAUCAACUCAUCUAAAAGUUCAUCAGAGAACACACACAGGAGAGAAGGCUUACGUCUGCUCUGACUGUGGAAAAUGCUUCAAAACAUCAAGUGAGCUAAAAGUUCAUCAGAGAACACACACCGGAGAAAAGCCUUACUCCUGUUCUGACUGUGGUUUAAGUUUCUCUCGAUUGUAUACCUUAAAAAAACAUCAACAUAUACAUGAAGGAGAGAAACCAUACUCCUGCUCUGCCUGUGUAAAAUGCUUCAAAACAGCAACUGAGCUAAAAGUUCAUCAGAGAACACACUCAUGAGAGAAGCCUGCUUACGUCUGCUCUGACUUUUGGGUGAGUUUCUCUCAAAGGCGAGACCAAAGUCAAACGUCUAGCCAAAGGCUGCUUGUUUGAAUCUCAUCAAGGAGGACUUGAGCAUUUCAGCUAAUUAGCAACUUUGCAACUACUUACUACUUUUUAACUAUGUUAGCAUGUUAGCUUAGCAUGCAACUACAUAGCAUGUUAGCAAACCUUUCCCCUAAACCCAUUUAACUCUACCUUAAACCCCUGACCUAUCUAACGUUAGCAACAACAAGUUGGAAUUAGUAACAUACCAUACAUAUUACAAGUUUGUAACAUGUUGUAUGAAUAGAAAUGCGUAAAAUAACAUACGAAUUGUAAUUCUUAACAUACGAUACGUCCUACAAGUCGUAUUAUACUGAACAACAAUCUAAACGUAACAAGUUCAAAGAUUUAUGGUUCGUAUAAGGAAAUCAAUUUUAAAUAAAUGAGGCCCUAAUCUAUGGAUUUCACAUGACUGGGCAGGGGCUCAGGAAUGGGUGGGACUUGGGAGGAAAUAGGCCCACUUGGGAGCCAGGCCCGGCCAAUCAGAAUGAGUUUUUCCCCACAAAAGGUCUUUAUUACAGACAGAAAUACUACUCAGCCCCCCCAGACAAUCCUGCAGGUGAAGAGGUCCUGGGCUGCCAUGGUUACAUGUAAUCUGCAGUCGUGAGGCCAGUUGGAUGUACUGCCAAAUUCUCUAAAAGGACGUUAGAGGUGGCAGCUCUGGUGGACGUUCCUGCAGUCAUCAUGAGAAUUGCACAUUCCCUAAACUUGAGACAUCUGUGACGUAGUGUGGCCUUUAUUUAGACUUAAAUGCUCACUCACAGGGAUAUUAACUAAUUUGUGCACAACAUUUGAUAGAAAUAAGAUUUGUGCCUAUGGAACAUCUCUGGAAUUUUUUAUUUCAGCUCAUGAAACCAAUACUUUACAUGUUUUGUUUAUAUUGUAGUUCAUAUUGGUAGGCCAAUGUCAUGUAACCUAACAUGCUUAAUGGAGUGGAAUGGAUGUUUUUGUA